GUUGGGAUUAGAGCCGAGCCGAAUAUUAAAAUAGAAAGCCGUUGGCCACUCCUAAGAAAAGAUGGCGAAACUGAAAGAGAGAGAGAGAGAGAGAGAGUGGAAGUAGUACAACGAAACGGUUCACAGACAUAGACCCACCCCACCCCAACCCAACUCAACAACGUAAAGCAACCAACGACACUUUCUCUCUCUCUUGCUUUGUUUUCACUUCUCUGCUUCACAAACACAUUAUCAUCUACACAUUUUAGUGUUUUUAGAUCACCAAACUCUCUCUCUUUCUCUCUCUUUCUCUCUCUGUUUUCCUUGGACUUCACUCUGUGUUCCUGUUCCAAGUUUGAUUUACAACCUUUGCUUACUUUUAGAUCUCUGUUCUCCCAAUUCAGAGCCAUGACUACAGAGCUCUUGGAUAUACAACCUAGUGAACUCAAGUUUACAUUUGAGUUGAAGAAACAAAGUUCUUGUGCAAUCAUUCUUGGCAACAAGUCUAAUCAAUAUCUUGCUUUUAAGGUGAAAACUACUUCUCCCAAGAAAUAUUGUGUAAGACCGAACACAGGCAUCAUAAAGCCCAAUGCAACAUGUGAUUUUACAGUGACUAUGCAAGCUCAGCGUGUAGCUCCGCCUGAUUUGCAGUGUAAAGACAAGUUUCUGAUUCAGUGCACGGAUGUUUCGGCUGAAACUACAGAAGAGGAUAUUACAUCUGAACUGUUUUCAAAAGAUGGGGGGAAAUAUGUUGAAGAGAGGAAGCUAAGAGUCGUGCUCAUCAGCCCCGCACCUUCCCCAGUAUUGCUACCAAAAAAUGGAGAAUCAAAGCAAGAUCAAUGUUAUGAAACUUUAGUUUUAAAAGAUAAAGUUCCUAGUGGACUUGAAAAUGUACCACCACCUCACAAGAUUGUUAAAGAUUUUGAAGAAUUUGAACCAACUUCAGAUCAGAGUGAGUUAAGAGCAGAUAAUGAAAUGGAGGCCAGAACCACUAAAGAGGAUGUGGAAGAACCAAAACCAGCAAAGGAUGGUUCAUUACUGAACCUAAACAAAGAUUUCAAAGAGUUGACAUCAAAGUUGAAUAUAGUGGAUUCAAAGCUAAAAGAGGCUGAACUUACUAUCUUGAAGCUAACAGAAGAGAAAAGCAAGAACAUCAAAGAGAGAGAAAUGCUUAAGCAUGAAUUGGAGAUGUUGAAGAGGAAGAACAACAAGAAAGAUGUUCAAGUAGGAUUCCCCCUUUUCUUUGUUUUUAUGGUUGCCCUCGUCGGUUUGGUGGCCGGGUACUUCGUUCAUCCAUAGGAGAAUAACUAAGGUGUUGAGUGACUUGGUCUCUCAUCCAUAGGAGAAUAACUAAGGUAUUGAGUGACUUGGUCUCUCAUUCAUAGAGUUGUUUGGUUUUUAAUUGUAUUUGAUCUUGUAAUAUAUGGAUUCUCUUCUAAUUUGUAAUGUGCAGCUAAAAUAAAAGAAAAGUUUAGCCUAUUUGUCACGGAA